AUGUACACAAGGAGACAGGCGCAAGAAUACUCACUGCAGGACUAUUCAAGACCUGGAUUAUCUACUUCAGUAUUUGGAGCUUCGUCCUCCUGUCUGCUCAGUUCUCCACCUUACCUUGUGGAGGAAGUGUGGGAAACAGCAGCGGCGCGCCCGCGUGCGGCCACCGGGCGAGCGCAGGGAUGGUCGUUAUCCCGGGGAGCGGGCGGGACGGGGUGCCCGCGGGGCCCGGCGUCUGAACCCGCGUCCCCGCCCCCAGCGCCGGCCCUGGACUCCGCGGCCGCCGGCGACCUGACGGACGCGCUGUGCGAGUUCGACGCGGUGCUGGCUGACUUCGCGUCGCCCUUCCACGAGCGCCACUUCCACUACGAGGAGCACCUGGAGCGCAUGAAGCGGCGGAGCAGCGCCAGCGUCAGCGACAGCAGCGGCUUCAGCGACUCCGAGAGUGCAGAUUCAUUUUACAGAAACAGCUUCAGCUUCAGUGAUGAAAAACUGAAUUCUCCAACAGACUCCACCCCGGCUCUGCUCUCUCCUGCCGUCACUCCUCGGAAAGCCAAACUAGGAGACACGAAAGAGCUAGAAGACUUUAUUGCUGAUCUUGACAGAACAUUAGCAAGUAUGUGAGAAAAGGAGAAGUUCUGGGUCCUUUCAUCAUAAGGGAAAAGCCUCAGAAAGCUCCAAGGACCUGGUAAAAUCAGCUACAGAAUUUGCUGCCAGAAGGACUAGAGAUGAGCACACACCUACCACCAGGCCAUUCCCAGCUGGUCCUAAAACUAGCCUUUGGGCUCAUCCUUGAGCAAUUUCGACAGUGAAACUGACUUUGUUUACCUGCUUGCAGCAUAUUAGAGCAGACCACUCAUGCUAAUAUUGUAUUUCUCUUAAAAGAUGGCUUUCAUGUAAUUUAAAGUGCUUUUAUGAAAAUAUUUGUAAUUAAUUAUAUAUAGUUGGAAACAGUGAUAUGCUUUCCUCAGUAUAAUAUAUUUUUGUAUGCAAAUAAAAUUUGAACUGGAAUCUG